CGGAAAUAUGAAUAUGAAUCUCAUUAUUAUAAAUUACCCGAUUGAACUAAACCCAGUAUUAUAUGUUAGAGCACCGACAUCGGUUCCAUUUAUUAUUAUUGUUGUUUUUCAGAUUAUUAUAUUUGUUCUACCAAUACGCUCAGAAGAAUACAAAGUAGUGCAGUUACCACACGUUUGUUCUUAUUGCUUUUAACUUGUAGUUACCAAAUUGAUGUCAGUACAAUAAAAAACAAAAUAUAAUGCUUGUGACUUUUCGCCUUGUUCGAGUAGGACUGGUGAUACUGACUGCCGUCGUUUUAUUUCUGGUGGUAUACUACCUCCAGGAAUCCUUGGAGUACAACUCUGCUACCAGAAUCUCCGACCAAGAAUUCUGGUUUCCAUCGUCAAGCAUAUUGAGAGCAGUAUCGUUCAGCGAGGUCGGAAACACAUCCUACGUCGAACCACCCACCCAAUUUCAAUUAAAACGUUGCCUGUACCUAGUAGUACUGAUAAUACUGACCGCCAUAGUUUCGUUCCUAGUCUUAUAUCCAGAAUCACAUGCCACCGACCACAAAAUCGAUGAUCCAGAUUUCCAGGUACCACUACAGUCGAAUAUCCCAGCGGGCUUGUACAAUGAAGUUGGAAUUGUCUCUAACGGUGGACCGUGCUCACAAAUCGGAGUGGAUGUUAUGUCAAAGGGUGGAAAUGCCGUAGAUGCCGCUAUAGCUACAAUGCUAUGUGACGGUGUUCUAUGUCCAGAAUACUUGGGAAUUGGCGGAGGAUUUUUAAUGAGCAUCUAUAAUGCAACAACCAAAAAAGUAAUCACGAUCAACGCACGUGAAACAGCUCCAGCUGCAGCAAGUACCUCAAUGUUUGUUGAAAACCCCGACAAAUCUAUUUACGGAGGAUUGGCAAUUGCGGUUCCAGGUGCGCUAAAAGGCUACUCGGCUAUAUAUAACUUAUACGGUGGUGGUGUUCCAUGGGAAUCGUUAUUUGAGCCAGCUAUACAAUUAUGUGAAAAAGGCAUGGAUAUCAGUAAACGACUAGAAACAAACAUGAAGAAUAACCAAGACAUGAUUGAAAAUGAUCCAUCGUUAAGAGAAUCAUUUUACGAUGAAGAAUCCAGUCGAGUGAAGACUCGCGGAGAAAUUUACAAGUUACCUAAAUUAGCAGAAACACUGAGAAUAAUAGCGAAAGAAGGUGUGGAUGCCAUUUAUAAUGGUUCGUUAACGUCUAAAGUAUUAGAAGAUUUAAAAAAAGUAAAAAGUUUAAUCACCAAAGAAGAUUUAGCUAAUUAUGAUGUUGAAAUUGAAGAAUCUUUUCCCGUUAAGUUGAAAAGUGGACAUAUAAUACAUACAGGACCACCACCCAGUUCUGGUAUAAUAUUAGCCUACAUACUCCGUGUGUUGGACGGCAUGUUACCAGCCCCCAACGCAGGGUUGGACGCACAUCGAUUGGUGGAGGCUUUCAAAUUUGGUUACGGUGAGAGAACCCAUUUAGGAGAUCAUACAUUUGUAGACGUGUCGCAGAUUUAUGAUAAAGUAAAGUCGGAUUGUUACAUGGAUAGUAUACGUGGUAGAAUAUCCGAUACUUUUACUUCAUCAGAUCCUAAGUACUACGGCGCUGACUUUCAUAUGCCAGAGAAUCACGGGACUGCUAACAUAGUUGUAACGGAUUCAGCGGGAAAUACUGUCGUGUGCACUAGUACAUUAAACACAUUUUUUGGAUGUGGAUUCAUGUCCCCUAGCACUGGUAUCAUUUUUAAUAACCAAAUGAAUGAUUUUUCUUCUCCGGAAGUUAUAAACAACUAUGGAAUUCCAUCUUCACCUGCCAAUUUUAUAGAACCAGGAAAACGGCCAAUGUCUUCAAUGUGCCCAACUAUAAUUACCGACAAAAAUGGUGAUCUUGUUCUUGCAAUAGGAGGAGCAGGUGGAUCAAAAAUCACUCUUACGAUUGCCUAUGUCUUAGCUCUUAAACUAUGGUACGGUAUGUCAUUGAAAGAAGUGAUAGACAAACCUAGAAUUUAUCACCAACUUGUUCCCAUGGAAGUUCUUUAUGAAUACGGAACGCCGAAGGACGUUGUUCAAAAACUUAAAGAUAUUGGUCAUCUAGUUACGAGAUUAAAUAAUGCUGUUUCAGCAGCAACAGCUAUUGGAAAAUCCGCAUCAGGAAUGAUCGUAGCUAUGCCAGAUUUCCGGCGACCAGGAAAUUCAUGCGGAUAUAUACAUAUUGUACAUACUACAUUACUACAUAUAUUUACCAGAAUGUAUUUUAGAAUUAAAUCAAUCAAAUUGUUUCUUAUACAAAGUGUGGUGAUGUUUUGUAUUAUAGCGAUACUUUCAUAUCGUUACUUAACUUUGAUAGAUGUAUCCAUUGAUCCAAUGACUCCGUUGCCACUGUCUGCCAUACCAAUGGGUCAGUAUAAUAAUGCAGCUGUCGUUUCUAACGGUGAACCAUGUGCAAAAAUUGGAACUGACAUAUUGAAAAACGGUGGAAAUUCAGUGGACGCAGCAAUAGCUACAUUGUUGUGUGACAGUGUUGUAUGUCCGGAUUUAACGGGCAUCGGUGGAGGUUUCCUAAUGACUAUAUACAAUAGAACUACAAACACAUCGUUAUUUAUAAAUGCUCGAGAAACUGCUCCAGCUACCGCCAAGUACACUAUGUAUGACAAAGAUCCAUCGAAAUCAUUAACCGGAGCAUUGGCGAUCGCGGUCCCUGGUAUGAUCCGAGGCAUUUGGGUAUCAUACAAUUUGUACGGAGGAGGAGUUAGUUGGGCUUCUCUGAUCAAACCAACAAUACAACUAUGUGAAGAAGGAAUAGUUGUGAGUAAACGUUUAGGAGCCAAUAUUAACGCAGCAAGGGAUCUUAUUUUAAAGACAGGAUUGAAGAAUUAUUUUUUCAACAAUAAAACGGGACAUUUAAUGAAGCCAGGUGAUAUUUAUACAAUGCCAAUACUGGGUCAAACUUUACGAGUUAUAGCAAAUGAAGGUGCAAAUGCUAUAUACGCUGGAUCGCUAACGCAGAAAUUGGCCAAUGAUAUACAGAGUGCAGGGGGAAUUAUAACAAAAAAAGACUUCACCGAUUACUCUGUUCUUGUAGAAGAAAGUUUUGAAAUAAGUCUCAAAAAUGGUUACAAACUCUAUUCGGGUUUACCAUCUGGCUCCGGUAUCAUAUUAGCUUACAUUCUUCGAACGUUAGACGGACAAUUACCUACAUCCAAUGCCGAUUUGGACGCUGUGCGAUUGGUAGAAGCUUUCAAAUUUGCAUAUGGAGAAAGGACUCAUUUGGGCGACCAUAUGUUUGUAGACACAUCUGAAAUUUUAAAAAAAGUCACGUCGGAUAUGUACAUGAAUAGCGUACAAAACAACAUAUCUGAUGAAUACACAUCGACAGAUCCUAAAUUCUACGGAGCCGAUUUCAGUUGGACCGGAGAUCACGGAACAGAAAACGUAGCUGUUUUGGAUUCAUUUGGAAACGCGGUUGCGGUCACUAGUUCAAUAAACACGGCAUUCGGUAGCGGUUUUCUAUCAGAAAGUACUGGAAUUAUUUUUAAUAAUGAAAUGAACGACUUCUCUACUCCAGGCUCUACUAAUUUCUACGGGAUUCCACCGUCACUGUCCAACCUUAUACAACCUUUUAAACGACCAAUGUCUUCUAUGUGUCCUACGGUAAUAACCGAUUCCAAAGGGGAUGUAGUUUUGGUCAUAGGAGGCGCUGGAGGAUCAAAAAUCCCACUCGCUACUGCAUACGUAUCUGCGCUCGUUUUAUGGUAUAAUAAAACACUGAAAGAAGCAAUCGAAGAACCAAGAUUAUACCAUCAGCUGAUCCCAAUGCAGGUCGAUUACGAAUACGGAGUGCUUAAGCCUGUUGUUGAAAAACUUAAAGAUGUUGGCCACAAAGUGAGAAGAAUGAUGAAAAAAGAUAAAUCAGCUGUAACAGGAAUUUUCAAGACACCUGAAGGAAUAAUAACUGCGAUGACUGAUUUCAGACAACAAGGGAAUAUAUCUGGAUAUUGACUAUAUAGAUUAAUUUUAGUUAAUUUCUUGUGUACAUUUUCUGAUUUAGAUACUUUGAUUGUAUUUUAAAAUCUAAAUAUUUCAAUAAUCAAA